CCCGGGUCCACAUCGAGCUUAGCCACACACGGGCGCUCGCGCGAGCUGGGCAAAACUGCAGGCACCGCUCUUGAGCCCUGUGGACGGGCGAGUCAAAGAACCGUAGGUUGCAGCAGCGGUGUGUGGUGCGAACGGACCAUCGCGUGCGCGCUACGUACGGAGCCACCGGCUUGGUCAUCUUCCGGACGUGUGUGUUUCGGGAGCCUACCACCUCAAAGCCGCGCGUGAAAUGCCUCUUGCUUGGACAGUGCGCCUCCAGUAACGGCGCCCGACGUCCGCCCGGCAGAUCUCAUCGCACUAACGCUUUCUCACUCGAAAGUUUCGUGUCGAAACGGCAAGCUCGUGGCCGCGCCACGUUGACUGCCCGAAUGAUUCGGCAACCAUCUGCAGAGCUCCUGUCCAACCACAAACGGUGGCCCACAAAAUACAUGCCCAUAAAAUAUAUGUCGACGAAGGGCAAGAAAACUUGCAUUGCCAGGCUUGACACUACUGAGUCGUGGUUCCUGAGCUCAGAUACACAGCUCAAGUCGCUGUCACCACACUCCACGAGCUGA